AUGAAAUUAAUUCACAUUAUUUCAUCCGUUGCAAUUUUUGCUCUUCCGGCUCUAGCAGAAAAUGAUUGGAAUUGUGGAACAAAUACAAUCUAUGCAAACACAAUAAAUAGAGCUAUGCAUGACGUCUACUACGCCUAUCGCAAUCAACGAUCUCUCCCACAUUCAGAUAUUUCAGAAAGUAUUAUUUUCGUAGCUAAAUUCAAAGUUCCCGAAUUGAAACCUUAA